AUGUUUUCGCUGCUUACGGUGCGACUAGGUUCACUGCGGGGGCUGUCCAGCCCUGUCCAGCAGCCCGCUCGCUUCAUGUCGCUUUUGGGAAGUUUGCGUCCCAGCGAGGGCUCUACAAAGACAUACAAACGGGUCGGCCGCGGUCCAUCCAGCGGAAAGGGUAAGACGGCAGGGAGAGGUCAGAAGGGUCAGAAGGCGCGUGGGCACGUCAAGUCGUGGUUUGAAGGUGGUCAGACACCCAUCUACAAGCUUUUCCCCAAGCUUGGCUUCACAAAUGUGCAUUCGUUACAGCUUCGGACGCUGAAUCUGGAGCGCAUCAUGUGGUUCCACAGGAAGGGCCGGCUGCCCCUAGAGGAGGGCGAGGUCCUGGAUAUGAAGAAGAUGAAAGACUUUGGCCUGGUCACCGGCACGUUCAAGGACGGCGUGAAGAUCCUGGCCAACGGCAAGGAGAACUUCAACAUCCCCAUCCAGAUCGAGGCCACAAGGGCCUCCUCGGAAGCCAUCAAGGCGAUAGAGGCGGCGGGCGGCGGGUUCACGGCGCGGUACUUCAACAGGUUGAGCCUUCGCGCACACCUCUCGCCCCACUGGUUCCUGGAAAAGCGCGGCCGUAUCCCGCUUCCCGCAAGGCCAACCAAAAAGAAGGACAUCAACUACUACAGUGAUAUGAACAAGCGCGGUUACCUUGUGAAGGAGCAGCAUCCUCUGUACUUGGAAAUCCAGCGCCUGCGCGCCCUUGGCACUGUAAGCGGCGGUUCAAAGCGUGCAAAGAAGACAGCGUUGGAGAUUCAGCUGGAAGCCAUGGAGGAGUCUGCUGCUGUUGCUCCUUCUGCCCCAUCCAAGUCUGCCAUCAUAUCGCUGCAAGAGUUGCAGCAGUAA